ACCGAUCCGCGGCCGCAGCCGGCGGCGGGCGCAGAGGAGGCGGCGGCGGGGCGGGCCGCGGGCGGUCAUUCAGGAGGCGGCAGCGACGAUGCGGCGGCCCCGCUGAGCCCGCCAGCUCCGGGCGCCGGGGGCCGGCCGCGCGAGGCGGCCCGGGCCGGGCGGCAACAUGCGGAGCGGCGAGGAGCUGGACGGCUUCGAGGGCGAGGCCUCGAGCACCUCCAUGAUCUCGGGCGCUAGCAGCCCGUACCAGCCCACCACCGAGCCGGUGAGCCAGCGCCGCGGGCUGGCAGGCCUGCGCUGCGACCCCGACUACCUGCGCGGUGCGCUCGGCUGCCUCAAGGUCGCCCAAGUGAUUUUGGCCCUGAUUGCAUUCAUCUGCAUAGAGACCAUCAUGGAGUGCUCCCCAUGUGAAGGCCUUUACUUUUUUGAGUUUGUGAGCUGCAGUGCAUUUGUGGUGACUGGAGUCUUGCUGAUUCUGUUCAGUCUCCACCUUCAUACAAGGAUCCCGCAGAUCAACUGGAACCUGACAGAUUUGGUCAACACUGGACUCAGCACUUUCUUUUUCUUUAUUGCUUCGAUUGUCCUGGCUGCUUUAAACCACAAAACCGGAGCAGAAAUUGCUGCCGUGAUAUUUGGCUUUUUGGCAACUGCGGUGUAUGCAGUGAACACGUUCCUGGCCGUGCAGAAAUGGCGAGUCAGCAUCCCCCAGCAGAGUGUCAACGACUACAUCCGAGCCCGUACGGAGUCCAGAGACAUGGACGGUCGCCCCGAGAUCCAGCGCCUGGACACCUGAGGACCUACCAGAGUCCUCCUCCCUCUCGUCCUCAUGCCCAUCCUUUCAGUCAAGUUUUCUUUCCCUCGUCACGUCAGAUUUUCAUGUGAUUAAGUGGAAUUUUGUCCUCUUUGGUAAAAGCUCAUUUUGGGAAAGGGUGUUCAGAGUGGCCUUGUUGGCAGGUAUGUGAGGCAGGGAGCCCCCAAACCCAGCUGUUCAGACAGAGGUGGGUGGGAGAUGCCUAUUGAUUCUCCAGCGUUUGGUCAUCAUGGGAGCAGCUGGCCUCUCAGGCUGCUGUGUCCACUAUAGGUCUUCACUGUCCCUGUACUCAGAGCCAUCUUGUCAUAUGUAUUUGUGACAAAUCAAGACUUUGGAUUAAAUGGGGCUGCUAGAAGGGGGGAAAAAUCAAGAAGUGAAGGUCAGGGUUGGAAGAGUCAGUCAGCAUUGGUUCCUGGGCAGCGCCCACUGUGUGCUCCGGUCAGCAUUUAGUCUCGCUGCCGGGAUCCUCCCCUACUGCUCGUCUUCCAUGCCUGGGGCAGCAUGGCAGCCCGCACAGGCCCAGACCACGUGUGGCACUGAGGGUCUUGGCGAUGGGUGUGCUGGUAGAGCUCUUUGCUGGGUCUGGACUUUAUGGGGAUGAGAAAAGCUGUGUCCUCCAGGGACAGCUCCACAGGACUGCUGACAUGCGGGAGGGUCACCUUUCAUUUUCUAUCCUCAGUUCUUCCUCAAAGGAAUCACCUCCCUGAAUCCCAGAUUCUCCACCAGGAAUAUGAGGACCAUCUUGUUUUCUCCUUUCCUAUCCACCCUUAAUACGCUGAGGCUGAAUUGCAGAUUUUCUGUAAUUUUACCUUCUCAGGUAAAAGCCAGGAAAGAAAUACGAUCCAUUCCACCAGCCAGAAUACUUGCCCAUUUGCUGUCGUGUGGACCACAGGUGCGGACACACCUCUGUUUUAGAGAUGUGAGCUCAUUUUCAAAUGCCUGAGAAGAGUUCUAAAGCGAUUCUGAAUAGACUUGUCUAGGGUGUGAAAAUACUUGAAUUUGUACCACGACACUGAUAGUUCAGAAGGCACGAAUUGUAGCUUUUUGUGCCUCAGGGUCCGUCAAAGCUAUGGACAUCGAUCUUGGAAGUUGUUGGGAAAAAUUCUCGUUAUGUCAGGUUUUGAAUUGAUUCUUGAUAAAGUGAAGAUUCUUGUGGUGAAUGAGUUAAAUGAGCCCCUAAGAUGCUGUAACUUUUUUGUUUUGUUUUUUUCCUGUUGGAGACUAAUUGUAUCUUUUAUGGAAAAAUUGUUUUAACUUGUCAGGUUUUCACUCUUUGAACUGUUUUUAAUGUUUACAAACCUCACUCUAGCUGUAAUAUUUUGUGAUUAGACCUCACCAAGGAAAAAACACUUACUGCUGGUGGGAAAGUGGGAAGAUCUUGCAGUAAUGUGGAAACUCCCCAGGAUCUGGUACUAGUGAGUGAUCACAGCCUUAGCAGUGUACUGUGUAAUGAGAAAGAGAGAAUAUGAAUAUGUGUUUGGGAGUGGUGGGGGGAGAGCACGUGUGAGACAGUGCCCAUCUGUCCAUGUGUGGCCUUGCGUUCUUCAUAAAAGAACAGCGCUGGGAGAUUGACCAGGUAACACUGCUGGGCUGGGCACUCUACAGGGAAUGGUACUGUGCUGUCUCUGAAGGGUUGGGAGACGGAUUAGCUCCCUGAACUGAACAUCUGGUACAAUCCGAGCUCUGUUGCAGUUCCUUUCCAGAGCAGUGGCCCGGGUCACAUGUCUAAGCCCCUUGUCUGCUUCAGGGGCCAUGGCUGCUGGUGCACACCCAGCUGGUCUGGUGGUAAAUCACCUCCCUCUGCUCCCCAAGAGGGCAGCCAGGCCUGGUCACAGCUGGGCAUGAUGCCCAGCAGGUCUGAUCGAGCCUUCUUUCCAGGUCUGUUGUGAGGCAGUACAAAUUGUGCUUCGCAAACUUGGAAUCUAUCAUAUGUAGUGAUUUUUGAGGAGAUUCUGACAUCUGGAUUUUAUCUGUUCAUUUUAUAUAUUUAUUUUGCAUUAGUUGAGUGUAUAUGCAUAGUCAGAAUUGGACUUAUCUCCCUCUGCGAGUUCCAUUUAAAAACAGGGUUACAAAGACUCAGCCUUGCAUUAAAUGGGGCCCACUUGGAAGGACCACCCUGAACUUUAUCAGAAAUCUCCUGCUGGGAAUCAUGUUACUUGGGCCUCAAUAAAAAGCUGCCUUUGAAGUGAGACUGAAGAAAAGAAUACCAUUCAGGCAGGAUUGCUGCCCACGUUUUCCCAAGUCACUUCAAUAAAACCAGUUUAUCAUCUGGCCUCCUGAGAACGCGUAGUCGGCAGCGAGAAGGAGUUCUGAUGCCCCUCGAAACUGUAAAUGCUGAUAUAUGAUAAAAAGUGAUGACACCUUUUGCCACAGAGCAACGUAAGAGCUCAUGUGUAUCUUAGUGCUAGAAUCUUUGGAAUUAUUUAUGUCCCUGUAACUAUUUAAUAUCCUUUGUGCCAUGAGGCUGUCCCAUGGUUUUUGUAAAUAUGUUUCUUUCUAUUUAAUUAGCUCCCACCACACCCGGAAGUGGUCAGGUAGGCUUUGUAAGUGGUGUGACUCACAGUCAUAUAUCGGCGCCAACGGCAGCUUGCUGGUGAGGAGUUGUGAAGGGAAUAUGGGUGUUUAGGUGACUACAAAGACACCUGCAUGUUUCUUAUGUUGCCUCUGUGUAUAAACAAGACAGUCUAGAUUUGCGGGGCUUAAAAGGACUAAUUUUGCAAAUUGAAGGAAGCGUAGUUUUGCAUUUAAUAGUUCCAGUGUGGACCAGUGUCAGUUUGGGGCAUUUUCAGGCUGAGGCAAUCUUCGUGUUGCCCAGUUUCUGGUGGGAUGAUAAUGGCUUUCAUCGUUUCUGCCAAACUUGAAGAGAACUGCAGUUGCUGGGUGCAUUUGAAUUUGUUCCUGGAGACUGGAUCGGUUGAAACCCUCAAGCAUUUGGUGGUUUUAGAUGGAUGCAAACACUGACGUCUUCAGAGAAAGUUUACCUUGGCACCGAUUUGGUCGAUGUGGUAUAUUUUUUCUGAUUCUCCUUUAUCCUCCCUUCACACUGCUUGCAGGCGUGGAGGGAAAUACCUUCUCCCUUUCAUACAGAGAGAUUACAAUCAUGAAAGCCUGAAAGCACUUGUUGGCCCCAUAGAAAGCUGGGGAAGGACUGAAGCAAUUACAGAUUAAAAUCUCCUAAGAGAAGUUUGAUUUAAAGUAAAGUAUUUUAGAUUUUCACUCUGUGCAGCUGUAGUCAUCUAAGAGAGAUGCCCUUUGCCUACAAAAAGGCGAGUGCAGUAGCUUGUCCAGUCCCAGCAACCAUAUCUUUCUUCGCACCUUGAAGGGCCAGUAUGAGCAGAGCCCAGCCUGGCCACAGGGAAGCCAGCGAGGACCCGGCCUGGCUCUGAGGGCUUGGCUCUGGGAGGUGGACGACACCUCCAGCCCUUUGGGCACCAUUACCGUCCCCUGGAAGACGGCUCAUGCCCGCCUGCAGGUAGGCAGGAAGUGUAUCUGACCUCCACCCUGUAUUGGAUGCUUCUGGCGAGAGCUUUGUGACUCAGUUGAAAACAUUCCUACCCUUAAAGUUUGCAGCUUCACUUAGCUUUCUUUGAAGCUUUCUUCGUGAUUCAGACUUGGGUUAAGCCAUAGGUGGUCUCUGAGGAGAUGAAGCACUUACUCUUUGUCUGCACAUGUAUGUGAAUUCUUUCUUGCAAGGAAUGAGUCUUGAAUGAUCCCCCCGUGCGUAAUGUCCUGUGUGUGGCCCAACCUCACCUUUUCUUGUAGACCCUCAUGUGCUGUUUGGAAAGAAACCCCUUACCUCUUUAUGUGUUUAAGAGGUGGACCAAGUUCUAAUCUCUGGCUGUGCGAGAUUUUCUGUGGGUUGUUCUUAGAACCUGUCCCAACAGAUGAGCAGAAUAUGGAGACCACGUGUGGCCAAAUUAGUGCCUCUGGAAGGCAGUGAUGAUUUAAGUGGUUCCCACUGUGCCAUCCCAUCCGAAACAAAGCAACCACGAAGUCAUUGUGCCACUGCCUGGUUGUCAAUUUUUCCAUGUCUUGUGUACAGGAAAAUAAUGACACGAAACAGGUAGCAAAAGGCAAAAACACUUUCUAGGGCAAGGGCCGCUGCCGAUUGAGUCUCCUAAGCGAAACAAAAAGUUGCUUCCUGCUCCAGGGACCGCCAUUAGCUGUGAGGUCUCCAGACACUUUUGUAGUUCCUAGUGAAGUUUGCAGAACCCAGGGGUUCUCUCUUCCCCUGGUCUUACAUAUUCAUCAGCACCCACUUUUAGAUCAGUAAGGCGACAGGCUGGUAAGGUGGGAGCAGAGGCAGGUCUGGGAGGUUAGAGAAGGGAGGAGGAGACCCUGCACCCCAGAUUCUGUCUGCUAUGGGCCUGUUGUUAACACUAGACUGGUCAGUGACUCAGGCAGUCUUGAAAAAUGUACUUGGUUAACUACCUUCCUAUUCUCUUGUCUUGGAAAAGUGAGGUCUUGUGUUUUGGAAUCAGCUUGAGAACAAGAGCUGAAUAUUGGGACCAGUGUGCUUUGGUGCGGGGGGCGUGGGUAGGGAGGGCUCUGGGUAUUGAGUUUGGGAACUCAUGAGUCUGGACAGGUGACAGAGAUUCUGGAUUGGGUGCCACCUUAGAGAGGACGUAGACCUAACACCAUCUGCCUUGAGCUUUGCAAACUUCCCUGCUCUUUACAAAGCCAUGUGUUUCUUCUCUUCUCAGCAGGUAACGUUGAAAUCAGAACUGCCUGAUUGAGAAGGCAAUUUGAAAUAUUUGACCCUUUACAUUUCUUUUAUUUCGAAACUAUCUCUGAAAUAAAAUACCUUCAAUAUCUGUUAGGGCUAGAAGAAUUAUCUUCUGGAAGGGAAUGUUCUGUUUGACUUUUCUUCACACUAGUAAAUGGCAUUUAUACACUCUUAGAGGAAGGAGUUGGGUCCUGAUAUAGUUUCCCUUCUAGAUUAUAUUUGGAUAUAAUUUCUCAACCUUGGAGACUUUUUCCUCUAGUUUUUCUUAUUCCAUAAAUGUAACAGUAAAGAAAAAAGUUACCCAUAAGCCCACUGAGUUUGAAUCAUUGGCAACUUGCCUAGAAGAAAGUUUAGAUUAUGGGUCCUUGAUUAGUAUAUCUUUUUCUUAGGGUUAGUUUGUUGUCUACAUUUUUAAUGCCAAGACUUUAAUUCAGGUGACUUGUUAUCUAGACACCCUGGAGUGGUUUGGGAUCCAUUACACACAAAGUUGGAGAGCCUUCAUUAAGAGGUUAAUAGCCUGGACUCUAAUGAGUUAUUCGAACUAUGAUUCUCAUUUAGAGGAGGAACUUGUCUCAAAAGACCUUAAUCAGCUUUGUUGAUGGGAUAAGGUGAGGCCCAGAGUUUCUUUUCAUAAUGGUUCCCCAGAGGAGAGAAGGUGUGACACAAUUGAUUCUGAUAAUGGUUUGUAUGGGAUUCAGUAAGAAUCUGCAAUUAUCACAUCUGAGUGCUCUUUGAAGGACCCCCCUGGAAGCCAAUAGGAAGCAUCUCCUUUUAUCAGGAAAACCACCUGAAGAGAAUGUCGGUCAGGAAGUGAGGAUGGUGGGGAGAGCUGGUGCCCAUGCCAGCCAGGGCCAGGUGUGACUGAUGGCUGCUUCCCUCUGAGGCUCAUUUUGCUUUCCUGCCUUUUCCAGAAUUGAUUUGCAGCUUUCAAGACUCUGUCCCCCUCUCUGCAGUCGUGAGGAAGGCAAAUAUUUGGGGCUUGAAGGGAGAGCUGGCUGGUCCAAGGGCUGGGGGUAGGCGAGGGCGGGAUGCCUGGACUGGCCCCCAAGCUGGCCCAGGCUCACGGCAGGGCCACCUGGCUUCCAACUCUUUCACUCUGUAACACAUUUGAGUUUUCAAAUCCUGCCUCAUGAUGAAAUUACAUGUAUAGAUAAAAUCAGUGCUUUAACUUGAUUUUGAUAUGGUUCCCUCUAAGAGAAUGCUGGGGAUUGAGACUAUUUGUAUAUGUUGCAAUUUGUAGGGGUUCAGGAACCCGUGGCAAGAAGACUAAACUAUUUAUUACACGUAUGACUAUUUUCCCCCUAAAGUAGGUAAUUCUGUCUUUGUAUAUUUUAAGACAAAUAAUAAUCACUUCACCUUUGGUGCCUUCUGUGUGUGUCAGUCACAUAAACACUCUUGUCAAUCAUAGAAUUGAAAAAAAAAAAGAUGUACAUUUAGUUUAACCAGAUAACACUAUUUUUGUAGCAUGAUUUUAGAUUGUGUCCUUUUAAUAUUGCUUUUAGCAAUGCUGGUUUUGAGGCUGGCCAUUUUCCCUUUAAACUUCAUAUGUAUUUUAAAAAACAAAAACCACACCUGGUUAUUGCUGUCUCCUCUCUGCUGCUUUCUCCCCCACAUCUUGUUUCUGCUUAUUUAAACAGUCUGAGAGUAAGAGUAUAUUUCUGUGAAAUAAUUCUUAAUCAGUGUAACUGCAUUUGGCAUUUUUUAACUACUUAUUCAGCUUGGAGAGCCACUGCUCACUUUAGACAGUAAGAGGAAAGUGGUUCCAUAAAAAAAAAAAAGAAAGAAAAAAAGAAAGAAAGAAAAAGAA